UCAGCCCUGGCCUUAUGAGGCAGGAGAUCACAGAGUCUCUGAGAGCCUUUACCUAGUUCAGUACAGGGACCUAGACUCAAAGCCUGUAGCUGAUGGAUACACAGGACCACACUGGCCUUACCUAUCUUCCCUCGUGUCCACAGAGGUCUCCGGCUUCCUCAGCAGUUCAUGCAGGACUGGCUGUGGUGGCUCCUGAAUCCUGUCCAGGACUGCUCUCCUCUCUUCAGAGCAUCCCUCCGUUCUUGCUCCCACCCCCUCUCUCAGGAAGAGAACUGAACGAUGGCCUGGGAGGCCACAUACCUGCUCUCCUCAAUGCUGCUGCUGCUCCUGGCCUCAGGCUCCUGGGCACAGGACCCAGAGGUAUUUCGAACAUGGGAGGGCAAGACUGUUUCUGUGACAUGCUGGCAUAAUCCCGGAUACCGCUUCAAUGAGAAGUUCUGGUGUAAGGAAACAUCAGAAGUCGCUUGUCAACCUUUAGUGUCGAGUGUCAGCAGAGGUGCUGAGAAGCUAAGACUCUCCAUCCAGGAAGAUUCUCGGUUCAGCUUCUUCACUGUCACCAUGACUGAGCUAGAGACGGCCGACUCGGGCAUCUAUCACUGUGGGUUCUUUGGAAAUCAAAGAAACUUCAUCUAUAUUCUCAGAACUAUUCACCUGGUGGUAUCAAAAGUUUCUUCAGAUGUGUCCAUUCCUGACAUCAUUCCUAUUGAAAAGCUGACUGCGGUUUCCAUCCUCGUUACCACAAAAUACUCGCCCAGUGACACAACUACGACCCCAUCCCUACCCAAGUCCACUGCUGUUGUUUCCUCUCCUGAUCCUGAAGUCACCGUCAAAAAUGGGACAGAUCCUACCAGGGGCUGUGUAUUCAGUGUGGUUCCCGUGGUCUGUGCACUUCUCAUCAAGAAUGUGAUCUUCAUCGUCUUAUUUGCUGUCACACAGAGGUCAUUUGGAUGACAGAUCUUGAAGCUACACAAUAGUGACCUUCAGCCAUGUCUCUCACAGAAGGAGCUGACAUGGGGGGCUAAGGAGGACCUGUGACACGAAUUGAGCCUGUAAUCAUAGGUGACAUCUAAGGCUCAGGAUGUCCCCACCUGGCCCUGCCCACCCUCCUCAUCUCAUCCAUCAUUUAGGGAACGUAUUCUGCACCCUCAGGAAAGAGGAACCAAUUCCUAGAACACUCUAGUCAUUCCCCCUAAAUAGGUGGGUUUGUCUGAAAUAAAGACAGAGCAAAGUA